UUGGAGAGCGUCAGUACAACAUUCUCUCCUCCACUAUCCCACAAUUCUAAUGUUUACGGCUAGUCGGUGAAAGAUGGCGGACAGCAGUGGCCGUAAUCCUCAAUCACCCUGUUUCACGGAGAAAUUAAAAUCGUGGCUGUGCUGGUCGUGGACGUACAUAUGUGCGCUUUGGUUCGCCAUGGUCUUAACGAUGGUUUACGUGCUGAGGAGCCCACUGAAGCUGCAGGAGACCGUUAACGCAGCAUCUGUGUUUUUAAACACUCUUACGCCUAAAUUCUAUGUUGCGCUGACUGGAACCUCCUCGCUCAUCUCGGGCCUUAUAUUGUUAUUUGAGUGGUGGUACUUUAGGAAGUACGGCACAUCCUUCAUAGAGCAGGUGUCUGUCAGUCACUUGCGCCCUCUACUGGGAGGAGUGGAGAACAGCAGCUCUGCGGGCCUCUUCUCUUCUGUAAACGGUGAUACCGAGCCGAGAACCAACGUUGCAGAAUGUAAAGUGUGGAGGAACCCACUGAACCUAUUCAGGGGUGCAGAGUACAGCAGGUACACUUGGGUGACGGGAAAAGAGCCCCUGACAUACUAUGACAUGAAUUUAUCAGCCCAAGAUCAUCAAACCUUCUUCUUGGGAGACACUCAGCAACUUAGACCAGAGGACUCUGUAAUGCAGAAGGCCUGGAGGGAGAGGAACCCGCAGGCACGAAUUCAAGCAGCUUACCAGGCAAUUGAAAUGAACCGAGAAUGUGCUGCAGCAUAUGUGCUGCUGGCCGAGGAGGAAGCCACAACCAUCACAGAGGCUGAACGGCUUUUCAAACAAGCACUUAAGAGUGCCGGUAAAGACACCAAUCUUGUGGUCUACAUCAAGCGCAGACUGGCCAUGUGUGCAAGAAAACUGGGUCGCAUCAAAGAAGCUGUAAAGAUGAUGAGAGAUUUAAUGAAAGAAUUCCCCUUACUGGGAAUGUUAAAUAUUCACGAGAACCUUUUAGAAGCAUUAUUAGAGCUGCAGGCCUACGCUGAUGUACAAGCAGUCCUUGCAAAAUAUGACGAUAUCAGCUUGCCAAAAUCAGCUACUAUAUGCUACACAUCUGCCUUACUGAAAGCCAGAGCAGUGUCAGAUAAGUUUUCGCCUGAAGCAGCGUCUAGACGAGGUCUCAGCACAGCAGAGAUGAACGCAGUAGAGGCCAUACACAGAGCUGUGGAGUUCAACCCACAUGUACCAAAGUAUUUAUUAGAAAUGAAGAGUCUGAUUUUGCCACCUGAGCAUAUUUUGAAGAGGGGGGACAGUGAGGCGGUGGCGUACGCUUUCUUUCACCUGCAGCACUGGAAACGGGCAGAGGGGGCGCUCAACCUGCUACACUGCACCUGGGAAGGCACUUUCCGGAUUAUUCCAUACCCCCUGGAAAAGGGUCAUCUCUUCUAUCCUUACCCAGGAUGCACAGAAACUGCAGACAGAGAGCUUCUGCCUUCAUUUCAUGAGGUCUCAGUGUAUCCGAAGAAGGAGCUUCCUUUCUUCAUCCUCUUCACAGCAGGCCUGUGCUCCUUCUGUGCCAUGUUGGCCAUGCUCACACACCAGUUUCCAGAGCUCAUGGGGGUCUUCGUCAAAGCCGACCUCCAUGUAGUAUCCCAGAGGGACAAACUCGAUCAUACUUAUGUCUAG